GCUCGUCGCGCUCUCUUCGGCGUCGUCGACCACUGCUGCUGCUGCUAGAAGCGUCCAGCGCAGCCGCGGGCGUGCUGCUGCCUCCUGGCCGAGCUCUCAGCCUCGCGCAGCGUUUGAAAGCCCGCGCGCGCGGCGCGCGCGCGCGCUCGCCCCAACAGGGAAAGACAAGUGCGCCUUCUCCUCUCCGGCCUUGCAUUUGCUUCGCACCCCAAGAAACAACUGCGCGGGACUGCGAAGUACUCCAGGCUACAGAAACGACGGCUCGAAACCGUACAGCCUCGGGAUCUACUAUUGUCAGGCCGGAUGGCCGCACUUUGAUGGUCAGCGCUGAGUGAAGAAACCAACUCACUGUAGCCGAAACAGGGGGCGUGUGAUGGGCGCUCGCCUGUGAGCGGAGCCAGCGAGCUUCCCGUGCGAGCGGCCCGAUGGCGUGCAGCGGUGGCGCCAGUCUCUACCAGGACCACAUCCUGCAGGCCGUGCUGCAGGGCAACCUCACCAGCGUGCCCGAGCCACCGUCCAGGCUGCUCAAGAUACUGGUCGCUUCUUCAAGGCCCGACUUCGAGCAGGAGCGCCGGGUGGUGCAAGAGAAUGUGCUGCCGGAACUUCAGCGGCACUGCGCCUCUCUCGGCGUGGACGUGGAGCUGUUGGACCUGCAGCAGGGUCAGGACCCGCGCCUGCGACCCGCCGAUGCCACCUUGCGAGAGUUGGAGGACUGCCACGCCCGCUCGCUCGGAUGCUUCCUCCUCUGCCUGUUGGGCAACAAGUACCGGCCGUUCGCGCUCCCCGACCUCAUCGAGCGCACAGUGUUCGAGCCGUUGCACCAGGCUGCGCAGGACGCGGACCUGGACGUGUCGCUGCUCGGCCAGUGGUACCUGCUCAACGAGAAUCUGGUGCCACCCGCCUACGAGUUACAACCCCCUUCCGACAGGACAUGCAAGGCGGAUGCCGCUGGCCUUCGGCGAGGGCUCACAACAGCUGGCCCAGACGACUCAUCAACCCUGCUCGAGGAGCAGGAGCAGGUCGUCAAGGUGCUCCAGUACGGCGCCAAGGUGGCUCUCGACGAGGGCCUCAUUGACGCCGACACGGAACGACAGUUCCGGAUGUCUGGUGUUCACGCUCUCCUAGACCACGCGCUGAAACUUUCAAAGACCGCCCAGCACAAGAUCAUCUGUGUUGUGAGGCAGUUCGACGGUGUCAACGUCAACGACACCUUGGCCUCAACGUACGCCGAUGUCAGUACACAAGGUUCGGACGAGGACACAGCAACGUACACCGAAGACCUGGUCGCCGACAUCAUAUUGAACGUGGCGAGGAAAAAUAUUCACUUCUACAGUGUUCCGUGGCACGCGAGCGGUCUGGACCCCGAGCUGUCGGCCCACAGCAGCUACUUGGAGAAGCUAACCGAGGCGCUGCUCACCAGCAUCAAGGCCAUGGUGGACGAGGCCUCGCAGGUCGAGGCGCCCGACUGGGACGAGCUGCCCCCGACUUUCCGCAAAGUGGUUCAGGAGGUGGUUCGGGAGUCCCAGACGCACCUGUGCAACAGCCGGCAGCUUCUACGUUGUCUGGGCGUGUCGCAGUCUUUAGACAGCGACUACGGCCCGCUGCUGCAGAUUCAGCAGCUCAUGCUGGCAGACGAAGAGCGUGUGCGCCACACACCCAUCAUCGUGUGCGGUCGGGAGGGAUGCGGAAAGUCUACACUGCUAUCUCAAGUGCUCAUGUACUGCCCGGAGUGGCUGGGCAGCGACGUGGUGCGCAUAGUGCGCGGCGUGGGCCAGAGCCCAUGCUGCGCGUACCCGGCCGAGAUGCUGCGCAACCUGUGCCUGCACAUCAGCAUGGUGUUCGGCUUCGAGAUCAGCCCCAAGCACCAGAGCUUCGAGCUGAGCAAGCUGAGCACCUGGUUCCAGGAGCUGCUAAAGCGCGUCGAGGCCAGCACCAGCGACCUGGUCAUCGUGCUGGAUGACCUGGACCGGCUGCGGGGGCCCGCGCACCACCAGGCCGCCACACUAGGGUGGCUGCCCUGGAACCUGCCCCUCAACGUGCACCUUGUCUGCUCAGUGGCACAGGAGGCGGAGCCGGUGCUCGCGCUGUUGCGCAGCCGCAUCCCGGCGGGAGACAGCUACGUGUUCAUUCCGCCGCUGGCUGACGCCGCCAGCAUGCUGCAGUCGCACCUGAAGGACAACAAGCGGCUGCUGACGCGGCAGCAGUGGGACGUGUUGCGGCAGCGGCUGGUGGGCCAAACGGCGAGCCCCUUGUACGUGACGCUUCUGUCGCAGCAGGCCAUGCGGUGGGCCUCGUACGAGGCGCUGGACGGCGAGCUGCACGUUCCGGCCGACACCGAGUCUUUCGUGAGCCGCAGCCUGGAGCGCAUCGAGCGCCAGUUCGGCCUGGCGCCGGUCAAGAAGAUCGCUUCGUACCUCACUUGCACGAGCUACGGGCUGCGCGAGCCGGAGGUCAUCGAGCUGCUCUCGUCCACGGAGUGCGACGGCGGAGAACUCGCUCCCGUCAGCUGGCUUUCCUUCAAAAAGGAGCUCGGCGUGCUGCUGAAGGAGUCGUACGUGGACUGCCGGUCGUACCUGCAGUGGAGCCACCGCUGCAUCGGCACCUGCGUCCGCCAGCGAUACCUGUCCGACCGGGCUGAGGCUAUCGCUAGCCACGCUGAACUCGCCAACGCCUUUCACCUCGGCUUCCUCAUGCAGAAGGAGGAGAAGGGACCGGCAUUUGAUGAUUCAAGCAAAUCAAAGAGGAAAGAGGACUGGUCCGAUCUUCUCCGAGAAGUAGACGAGCUUUGGCAGCACCUUUUUCAUAGUGGGGAUUUUAAGCGGCUCAAUCAAGAUGCAGUAUGUAAUUUUGAAUUUCUACUUUCCGCCAUUCGAGGAGCUUCCAUCAGCUACGUGAAAAGUGUCUUGGAAAUCGUUCGCGCACAACUCCUGGACUGGGAAAUCGAGCUUCUGUACAAUAUGACCAAGCAGUCCGUCGACGUGUUGAGCCGAGACCCGCAGCAGCUAGCCACCGAAAUUUUAAACUGGCUGCGAACAUACGCUGACGGCAACUCCAAGGUGCUCGGGGACCUAGUGAGCCAGGCGAGCAGCUGGUGCAGCCAAGCCAAGACGCCGCUACUGGUGCCGGUGACGUCGUGGCUGACCCUAGCGCUGCCGCCGCAGGUGCUCUCGCUAACGUUGCCGGCGCCCAUCCGCCAGCUCGUGGCCGCACCUGACUCGCAGCACGUAUUCUGCGCCACUGAGGGCGACGAUAAGCUCGUCGCCGUCUACCACCUCACGUCCAAGAAGCUCGUGAGACACAUGGCCGGCCACAAAGCCGCCAUCACCUGCCUGUACAUGUCCCCGUCGGGCCUGCACCUGCUCAGCGGCUCUGAGGACACGGACGUCCUCGUCUGGGACCCGGUGACCGGGGAGCUUCGGAGGAGGCUAAGUCACCACGUGGCCGGCGUGUUGUGCGUAACGUGCACGAACGCCGAGGACCUGGUGCUCAGUGGCUCCGAGAUCGGCGUGGUGGUGCUGGCGCGGCUGGACACCGGCCAGCUGGUGCAGCGCCUCGAGAACCACCGCGGCGUUGUCAGCGCCGUGGCCGUCAACCGCGGUGACGACAUAUUCGCCACCGCGUCUUCGGACUGCACGGUGUGCAUCUGGUGCCUGGAGACGUUCACGCUGCUCAACACGCUGUCGGUGCCGGCGGCCGUCGAGCGGCUCAGCAUCUCGGGCGACAGCACGUUCCUGCUGCUCGGCUGCGCCGACCAGUGCGUGCGCGUGCGCUCGCUCACCACGGGCUCGGACGUGCACUGCCUGCAAGGGUACGCGGGCCGCGUCAGCGCGCUCGGCUUCGCGCGCGACAACUGCCGCUGCGUGCUGGGCACGCGCGACGGCAAGGCGUUCGUCUUCGACGUCCACUCGGCGCGCCUGGUGCAGACGCUGGCCGCGCACCCGGACGCCGCCGUGGUCGCCAUUCAGGCUCAAAGUAGGGACACAUUUCUAAUCACGGCGGCUGGCAACAAGAUCGUGGUGUGGAACUUCUACCUCAAGAAGAGCGAGAUGUGCCACCCGCAGCCCAAAUCCAAGAAGGUGGACUUGCACAAGGACCCCGUGUCUUGCGUAGCUCUCUCCAGGGACGGCAGCGUAGCCGUCACCGGGUCACGCAACGGCCAGCUCAAGGUGUGGCAGAUGAGCACCGGCGAGGCGCACACCAACCUGGACGGCCACACGGCCGCCAUCACCUGCCUGGCGUUCGCGCCCAACGGCCUGUUUGUCGUCUCCGGCUCCGAGGACAACACGCUCCGUGUCUGGGGGCUCACCCUCGGUCUGGUCGUCUCCACGUUCAAGGAGCACCAGAGCAAGAUCGUGAGCGUCUUCGUGACGUCGGACAGCCGGCGCGUGCUGUCAGUGGACGCGCAGGGGAUGCACCGGCUCUGGACGGCCGACAGCGCCACGCAGCUCAUCGCCUGCGCCAAGACGGCCAAGCAGGUGACUCUGCACGCCAACGUCGUCUUCACCGUCGGCGGGAAGAGCGACAACAGCCUAAAAUACUGGCCUGUGUUUGAGACAGACAGCGAAAAGACUGUAAGCCACAGUGAAGCCAUACUGUGCUACACCGUCACCUACGACUGCCAAACCAUUGUCACCGGAUCGCAAGACAUGUCGCUCAAGGUGUGGGAAGUCGCCACGGCAAAGCUAACUCAGGUGCUGGUGGGUCACGAGGGCCCGGUGACGUGCGUGGCGGUGGCGCCGUUCCGCUGCUCGCUGGCCGUGUCCGGCUCCCAGGACUGCAACCUGAUCGUGUGGGACGUGACGACGGGCAGCGACCGGUUCGUGCUGCGCGGCCACACCGAGGCCAUCCGGGCAGCCAAGCUGACGCUGGACGGCUCGGUGGCCGUGUCCAGCUCGGACGACAACACGCUGCAGCUGUGGAACACGCAGAACGGCCACCGCGUGGCCAGCUUCGACCUGCACGCCACCGUGCUCGCCGUGACCACCUCGCUGAACACGGGCCACCUGGUCGUGCAGCUGGCCAGCUCGACGCUGGUGCCGAUGCUGCGGCUGCUCAACAACCCGGGCAAGGGGCUCAUGCUCGACCUGCCGCCCGGCACGCCCGUCGGCGACGAGCCCAAGACGCUCGGAGGGCACCCCCUGCGCGGCGUGGUCCCCAAGCGGGUCCUGCUGCGGGGCAACCUGAAGCGGGAGCAGUCGUUCGACUCCUUCUACUGGGACCUGCGCGCCCAGUCGCCCAAGCACGAAACGGCCGCGGGCGCCGACGACUUCCGCGCCAGCAGACCGCUGUCGCCGUUCGGCUCCCGCGAGCACCUGCAGCUGACGGGCGCGGGAGGUGGCUCGGCCGUCUGGAACGGCGGCCUGGGUCGGGGACCCCGCGCCACCGGCGCGCACGCCGGCGCAGGCGACAUGGGCCUGCAGCCCAAGCCCAAGCUGCCCAAGCACAAGAUCCUCAAGAAGCAGCAGAGCAUGUUCGCCUGCUUUCCCGAGUUCACGCAGCAGACGCCGCCCACGCUGCUGUCGCCCGUGGCGCCCAAGGAGCUGGUCGAGAAGAAGGAACUCUCCAAGACGGGACGCACCGCCGGCGUCCUUCUGCCGCGCACCAACAGCGUCGAGGAGACGCCCGAGCCGGCUGCCCCGGGCCCCGAGAACACGGUCACGGGAUCGGCCGUCUGCGCCCUCAUGUGAGCAGCGCAGCCCCGUCAAGCCGCGCGCGCCCACUUCCUCCUCGACUAGUAGCAACACGCAGCAGCCGAGCUUCGCCAAGUGGCUGUCGCCCUCCUGUUCGCCCCUCCACGACGGACACCCUUAUGACAAAGGGAAAACAAUGUGUGUGCUACGGCAGGCGGCAGCUAUACUGCACCUCCGGCCUGGAGGAAAGUGACUACGGGUUCACCAUCGCAGCUCUGUGCUAUCCGCACUGCGGCCCAUGUCACAUUUCUAUAUGCCGUGCCGGGCAGCACAGUGGUUCGCCGCCUCACGCCAGCUGCCGCGCCUGAAAUUGAGCUGUCUGUCCAGCCAGCGUGAAGCAUAAGCAAUAUAGCACGUCACGUGGAAGACGUGCAGUUGGAACGCCAAAGCGUUGCCGACACGCAGCUGGGAACUUGGGCAGGUCGCUCGCUCGCAUUUUUGUUAGGAGUCGUCACUGCCAAGAGCUGUCGAGAAUGGCAAAUGUCGAGAGCAGAAUCUUGGUGCGUAACUGGCCCCUCACUGCGAUACAGUCUGCUGUAAACGUAUUUUUUUAAUGGAAUGAAACUGCGACACAAAUGCAAUUCGAGCCAAGCACACGUGUUGAAUGAAAACAGGUCGGGCUGAGGACACAGUGACGAACGCGACGUCUCAAACAGUGACACCAGUAGAGUUCAGAGCAAUCUCGUUUAAUGUAUUUUGCUUUUUCGAGUGUACCUUCCUGAGCUGUAGUUUACACAGCCCAUAACAGACCAAAGUCCUCCUCGCCGGUGCCCGUUUCACACCCACAAGAAAAAAGAAAGGAAGAAAGUACGUCCGCGUGCGUGUGAGUAUAUAAACCGUUUUACGGCAGACGUGGCUGUAGAGCCCACCUGUAAAGCACUCCUUUAGUAAUCGUAAGCAGUCAAAAAUAAAUUUGCUGGCUUCCUCGU